GGGGUGCGCGCUGAUCACUGCGGUGGUCGCUGCGAGGAAAGGGCGAGGUGGAGCGCAGCCAUGGGGCUGCAGCCUCUGGAGUUCAGCGACUGCUACUUGGACAGCCCCUGGUUCAGGGAGAGGGUGCGAGCCCACGAGGCUGAGCUGGAGAAGACCAAUAAGUUUAUCAAGGAUUUGCUCAAGGAUGGGAAAAACCUGAUCGCCGCCACCAAAAACCUUUCAGCAGCCCAGAGAAAAUUUGCCCAUUCUCUGAGAGACUUUAAAUUUGAAUUCAUUGGAGAUGCAGAGACAGAUGAUGAAAGAUACAUAGAUGCUUCUCUUCAUGAGUUUUCAAACUUCUUAAAGAAUUUGGAAGAGCAAAGAGAAAUUUUGGCACUCAGUGUUACUGAAACUCUGAUCAAACCAUUGGAACGAUUUAGGAAAGAGCAGCUAGGAGCUGUAAAGGAGGAAAAGAAGAAGUUUGAUAAAGAGACUGAAAAGAACUACAGUUUGCUAGAAAAGCAUUUAAAUUUAUCAGCUAAGAAGAAGGAGAUACAAUUACAAGAGGCGGACAACCAGGUAGAGCAGAAUAGAAAACACUUCUAUGAGCUCUCCCUCGAAUAUGUGUGCAAGUUGCAAGAGAUUCAGGAGCGGAAGAAAUUUGAGUGCGUGGAACCCGUGCUGUCAUUUUUUCAGGGUUUGUUCACUUUCUAUCAUCAGGGAUAUGAACUCGCUAAAGACUUCAGUCAUUACAAAAUGGCCCUGCAGAUAAAUAUACAAAAUACACGAAAUCGUUUUGAAGGAACAAGGUCAGAGGUAGAGGAACUCAUGAACAAGAUCAGAAGAAAUCCUCAGGAACAUAAAAGAGCAAAUCACAACACAAUGGAAGGCUAUCUCUAUGUACAGGAAAAAAGGCCUGCUCCUUUUGGUUCCAGUUGGGUGAAACACUAUUGCACAUAUAGGAAGGAGACAAAGAAGUUCACCAUGAUUCCAUUUGAACAUCGAUCAGGAGGAAAAGCUGGUGAUGGGGAACUCUUCAUCCUUACAUACUGCACCAAAAGAAACGUAGAUACUAUCGACAGGCGAUUCUGUUUUGACUUAGAAUCUUCAGACAGGCCUGGAGCUCCUGUGACCAUGCAAGCCUUUUCUGAGGAAGACAGGAAGCUGUGGAUGGAAGCCUUGGAUGGAAAAGAAGCUCUCUUCAUCAAUUUGAAUAAAGCAAAUGCAAAACAAGAGGGAAGUGCACAGUUGGAUAAAAUAGGAUUCACACUCAUCAAAAAGUGCAUCAGUGCUGUUGAAACACGAGGUAUAAAUGACCAAGGAUUGUACAGAGUUGUGGGGGUGAGUUCAAAGGUCCAGAGACUUCUGAGUCUGUUAAUGGAUGCAAAAACCUGCAAUGAAGUUGACCUGGAAAACUCUGUAGACUGGGAAGUGAAGACAAUUACUAGUGCUAUGAAGCAGUAUCUGCGAAGCCUUCCAGAGCCAUUGAUGACAUAUGAGUUGCAUGGAGAAUUCAUCAUUCCUGCCAAAAGUGGGAGUCCUGAAUCUCGAGUUAAUGCUGUUCACUUCUUGGUCCAUAAACUCCCAGAAAAGAACAAAGAGAUGCUGGACAUUUUGGUGAAACAUUUAGCUAAUGUUUCAAAACAUGCCAAGAGGAAUCUAAUGACUGUAGCAAAUCUGGGGGUGGUAUUUGGACCAACCUUAAUGAGGCCUCAGGAAGAAACUGUAGCAGCUAUCAUGGACCUGAAGUUUCAGAAUAUUGUCGUUGAAAUUCUUAUAGAGAACCAUGAGAAGAUUUUCAAGACCCUGCCUGAUGUCACUUUUCCUGAGUCAAUCUCUAUGUCAGUAUCUCCUCCAAAUGCCCCACCAAGGCAAUCCAGAAGACAAGGCCAACGUAUUAAGAGGCCUCUGGCUGUGUACAAUCUUUGUCUUGAGCUGGAUGAUGCUGACAGUCACAGCUCUCCAAAAGAUGACACUCCAACUGGUAGCAUGGAUUCUCUUUCUUCCCAGUCUCCUACUCCUGUGUUGUCCAGUAGCCCUCCUGGGCUACUGGAUAGAAAUCACCUUAUUAUGGACAGCAGAGAUCUUGCAGACUGGACAACAAAUCUUUCUGGUCAAAGCCGUUCAUCAAUGGUUUCGUGGAUGAACACCCCAUGCACCAACCCAGUUGCCACCAACACUGUACCAUCUGAUUUCUCCUUCCCUAAUCCUUCCACUGGAGGUGACAGAGCAGUGGAGAGCAUUGCCCACCGAAAAGCAAGAGCAGUUUAUCCAUGCGAAGCAGAACAUAGCUCUGAAUUAUCAUUUCAGACAGGAGCAAUUUUUGAAGAUGUGCAAUUUUCCAGGGAACCAGGAUGGCUAGAAGGCACAUUAAAUGGCAAGAGAGGACUGAUUCCACAAAAUUAUGUUCAGUUUUUAUAGCUUUAUGCAUUGAACGCCAAGAAGGUGUACAUGGUAUCCAUGGAUUUUUGUUAUAGUCACUUCUCUUCACUUUCGUGACAAUUUUAAUCAACGAAGAGCCUGAUUGUGGGUUGGAGAUCCCAGUAUAUUUAAAGACAUUAAUUGUUGCCAAAUACGAGUUAGAAAUGAAAGAUUCCUCAAGGUUUGGAAUCGAUGGGGACAGAAUAGUGGGAUGGCGUGAAGGUUUAAUUUUUUAAUAGUUUUUUCAAUUGUAACAAUAUGGUUGUUUGCACGGUAACUAGCAUUUGAAGUCAAAUCUUUGGUUGAUCUGUGGCUCAGCUCUCAGUUGAAGAUGAUUUUUAAAAAUUAAUGUCCAGAAGAUUAUGCAUCGAUGUCAGCCAUUUUUAACAGACUGUUAUUCGAGUAUGGAAAGUACUGUUGGAUAAAAAAACUAUCAUGCUGACACCUAAAUUAUAUUUCAAAAAGUGGAAUAGAUGAUGUGGAACAGAUGUAUUGGUAAGUAAAUGUAUAGGUAUCAAGACAUGACAUUUUUCAAAUGUCUUCAAAGAAUAUGCUCAUUUAUGUUGUGUGUGUGACUUCAUUUAUUUUAUUAAGGUAAGACACAUGAGCUUUUAUUACAGACUCCUAUCUGCUGUGGUUCCUUUGUUACUCAAAAAUAUCACUGUAAAUGAAAUAAAAUGAUGUUUGGUAUUUGACCUUA